AUGCAUCCCCUUACCCUCGCCACCCUCGCAUCAACCCUCGCCUUAGCCUCAGCAGCCUGUAACGACUACACCCUCAUCAACGCCCGCGGCACCGGCGAACUACAAGGCGAAUCCAUCGGCUUCCGCACCAUGAUCGACCAAGUCCUCGCCGCCGUCCCCAACGGCUCAAUCUACAACGUAGUCUACCCAGCCGCCCCGGACAUAACCCAACAAACGACCUCCAUCGGCUCCUCCGACAUCGCGCGCUUCAUUCAAACCGGCCUGUCAAGCUGUCCGCAGCAGCGUUACGUUCUGCUAGGAUACUCCCAAGGCGCCACGGUCGUGAAUCGCGCUUUGCAGGCCUUCCCACCUACCUCGCGGCAAGGACAGGCGAUCAGCGCGGUCGUACAAAUCGGGAAUCCGUAUCAUUUACCGGAUAGACGGGGGAAUGUUGAUGACAUGUGCGGAACGAGCACGGCGGGGGCUAGUGGGGCUUUGUUGGCUACGUCGGAUUAUGAGGUUCCUGAGGGUUGGUAUGGGACGGGACGGGUUAGGGAUAUUUGUUAUGAGGGGGAUGGGGUGUGUAUGGGGUUUGAUGCGGGGAAUGUGUUUUCGGGAAGUCAUUUGUUUUAUGGGUUUAGUCAGAGUGUUGCGGAUUGUGGGAGUGGGUUCAUUGUUGAGAAGCUUGGGUGA